AUGUUGCAGUGCGCCCCCAAGAAGAACGAGCGACUUCGAGGGUCGUGCGACUUUUGCACCCAGUCCAAGCUUAGGUGCAACAAGAAUAAACCGUCGUGCCGACGUUGCACCAUCCAACAACAGCCUUGCGUCUACAGCGUCGCGCGUCGCACAGGCCGACCGCCGAAACGUCCCCGCAAGGCCAAUGAUGGCCAGGAAGCCAAUGAGCAGCAUGGGGACCAAGAUCCAGUGACUUCAACACCUGGAGGCUCAUGCCAACAGCAGUCGAACCAUUUGUUGGAUGUAGAGGGCGACGGCGCCAACUUCACCCUCGCGGAUGCCAGCACAACGGCCCAGGAUCGAGAAACCGCUGCCUGCACUGCCCUAGACAAUGCUCUUCUCAUGGGGGGAACCUUUGGAUUCAGUUCCCUGCUCGAUGAUCCGCUGAUCCAAAGUGAUGACUUCCUCAGCUUCUCUCUUUGUAUGCCCCCAGGAGAAGAAGAAGGACAUAUGGCCAGUCCUUGCAGCCCACCUAUACUACCCUCCAUCGACGUACCGCACCUGCCUGCGCGUUUCGGAUUCCUUGAAAGCUCCGUUGAGUCCGGGCUACACGGUCGUAAUGGGCCACACUUGAUCGAACAGCCGGACAAGACAGUUCCUUCGAGUUUCUCUGAGAUGGAAAAGAUAUAUGACGAAGGGUUGACAUUUUCGGGACUAGAUAGUGCGAUCAAUGCGGUUACCAACAACGGCAAGGGCGAGCCUAGUAUCCCUGGCACAAUGGCGGCUCAUCCCCACAGCAAACGUCAGUGUUUCUGUUCUACGUCUAUGAACUGGGUCAUUGAGGCGUUGAGGGAUGUGGCUCAGGAUCUUUCUUCUGGGCAAGAUAACCUGGGGGGGUUCCGUGCCGGACUCUGUCCUCCAAAGGACAAGUUCAGCAUCUGUGUUGGGCGAUUUGUUCUAGACGACCAGCUCCGGGAGUCGUGUACACGAAGCCUGGUCAGAUACCGUCUGCGCAAGCUGAUCCCUAUCAUGGACACUAUGAUGAAGCUGAAUUAUCGGGGGGCAGGGGGUGCGCUUUCGCAAGCUAUUCGUACCAUGGUAGAGGAUGUCCGCCAUAAGAUAGAAUCUGCUUUGGGCAUGAUGGAGCUGUAG